AUGGCGCCCUCUCUCCCACAGACCGUUUAUACAGCUCCAACAUGGCGCCCUCUCUCCCACAGACCGCUCAAACAGCUCCAACAUGGCGCCCUCUCUCCCACAGACCGUUCAUACAGCUCCAACAUGGCGCCCUCUCUCCCACAGACCGCUCAAACAGCUCCAACAUGGCGCCCUCUCUCCCACAGACCGCUCUCUCUAGCGCAGACCGUGUCGCCGCAGAGCCCCUCCCUGUGUUUCCCUGUCCUUUCUCCUCCACACGCCGCCCAUCCGCGCCUGUGUCACCGCACUGUCCUGGCUCUCUUCCCCGCUUACAUCCCCCUCUGUGGCGGACACACACCCAGCCCUUGUCUCCCACAGCCUCCGCCACCUCCUGCUCCCGUCCCCGUGUCUGGCUUCACCACAAUGGGACACUCUCACCGCUGCAGCCCGCUGUGCUGA